AUGGCCGAGUCUGUCGAUAGUCCUCCCCGGGCGCCGCCGGUCAAGUAUGCGACGCCCCUCGGCACUCGGUGGCAGAAGGAGAAAGCUGCCGCAGGAUCGAACGCUUUCGAGUACCCAGAUGACGCGAAGUACGUCGGUCCUUGGAUCAUAGGCGAGUGCGUCGGGAAGGGGGCCAGUGGCCAUGUCAAGAUCGCCAAGCACCGCCGGACUGGCCAGCUCGCCGCCAUCAAGAUCCUCCCCCUCCAGCCGUUCCUGUCCUCGCGCAACUCGGCGAACGCGCAGGCCAAGGCGGAGAAGCAACGCCUCGGUAUCGACAGGGAGAUCAUCAUGAUGAAGCUCAUGAACCAUCCGAACAUCAUGCGCAUAUACGACGUCUACGAGGGCGAUAAGGAACUCUACCUCAUCCUCGAGUACGUCGAGGGCGGCGAGCUCUUCGACUUCCUCGUGAACCGCGGCCGGCUCCCGCCCCUCGAGGCGCUCGCGUACUUCAAGCAGAUCGUCUAUGGGCUCAACUAUGCGCACACUUUCUCUAUCAUCCACCGUGAUCUCAAGCCGGAGAACAUCCUGAUUCACUCUUUGAAUCCGCCGCUCAUCAAGAUCGCUGACUGGGGCAUGGCUGCUUUCGCUCCGCCCAGUCUGCAACUGGAAACUAGCUGUGGCAGCCCUCACUAUGCGAGCCCGGAGAUUGUCAAUGGCCACAAGUACUGCGGGACUGCGACUGACAUCUGGAGCUGCGGAGUCAUCUUGUAUGCUCUCUUGACUGGGCGCCUGCCUUUCGACGACAAGAACGUUCGCACUCUGUUGACCAAGGUCAAGACUGGGAAGUAUGAGAUGCCUGGCUUCGUCGACCCUAUGGCGAAGGAUCUUCUGUCUCGUAUGCUCGUUGUGGACGUCAACCAGCGGAUUUCUAUGGCUGACAUUCUGGCUCAUCCUUGGCUCGAGGGCGUCACUCCUGGUAUCACCUACGUCCCGGCGCCCCCUGUCUUUGAAUUGGCUAGACCUCUUCCUUCUGCGCUGCAUAUCGACCGCGAUCUCUUCGAGUCUCUUUGCGUCAUCUGGGGCCGUCAUGCUGAUGUGGACGCUAUCCAACGUGAUCUUCUAAGCUCAGCUGGUCAAGGUACUCUUGCUAAGGCGUUCUACUUCUUGCUGCAGAAGCACCGCGAGAUGACGAUGCAGGAGCACGGCAUCCUCAUGGACAUUGAGGAGGUUCUUAACACUCAAGGCAAGGUUGUCACCAAGCAAUAUGCUGCACCUCGCUCGAAGCCUGCUGGUCGUCGCUCACUGGAAUCAGCCCUCUCUGGCCCGAUUAUCCCGGCGUCAAAGUAUCUGCGUUCUGACCGCCCCGCUCCUGCUCCUCCUUCCCGUACUCCGUCGCCACCUCCGGCCGCAAUCGCUGACAUCAACAAUGAACGUCCCGUUGGGCGAUCCCGUCCGUCUUCGCCGUUGGGACCAAGGCCUCAGAAGUCGCGCCUGCCAGUCGGCAGGAAUUCCGUGUCCAACACACCUGCUGUUGGGAGCCCUCCGUCCUCGUUCAUUCCAAACCCGGACCACGCUCGUAUCCGUUCCCAAACUGUUGGUUCUACAAAUGAACCUCGAGAGAGGGCCUCAGCUCUUACUCCUCGCCUCCGUCAGCCUACGCCUCCGCAGCAACCGAUUUCACUUGUCGAAGCUCUGCGUGAUCGUUCGUCUGACAAUCGCCAACGGUCGACGCGCGCACCUGAACGCAUUCACUCGCCGGUCCCCACUCGACGCAACUUUGGCCAGAACGCACCUAUGCUGCAGCCUCGUAUCCGGCGGCCCGAGCAUCGUCCGUCUCUGGACGAGGCGCCUUCGCGUCGUCACGCGAACUGGUCUGCGCCGGAACAUCGCGUUGACAACGGUUGGGCCAAAGCUCCAGGGUCUGAGAACAAGGAAAACAGGGCUGCGCCUGCCACCCGCCCUGUCCAGCAUGAUCCUGCGUGCCACUCCGGAGGGCUUGGCUUCGGACACUCUGUCCCGAUGGCGAAGGAGAUGGGGAAUAUGCUGUUCAUUAACGAGUCGCCAACUAGCCAGCAGCAUGGUGGCAAGAGGGAGAAGAAACACAGGCCGCCUCCGCUCGACUUCAGCAAUGCGGCUCCCCUCCAGAAACGGUCCACGUUCUCGAUGGGCUCUCCGACCCGCGUGACCUCCCCCGGGCCUGCUUCGGCGCUCUCUCCAGGCGUCGGCGAGUUCAAGGGCUGGUUCUCGAAUCUCUUCCACUGGCGCGUCCAGACGCUCUGCCUCUACUCCAUCCUAGAUGUUGCCACGACGCGCGCGGAGACCACACGGCUCCUUGAACACUUCGGCGUUCUGGUCUCGACCGAGGACAAGACCGGACUCUCCGUUCUCCUCUGCCGCGUCGACGAGGGGGCGCACACGCACGACGGGACGUCGCUCAGCGGCCAGAAGCAGGUCCGCUUCCGUGUCGAGUUCUCGUCAUGCUCCGGCAGCGCUGGGGGCGUGUCGUCCCCGAUCGGGGCGUUCCCGACCGCGUCGACGAGGAACAGGAUGGCGGACAACGUCCCGGGCGCGGCGGGGUACGACACGAUGAUCGGAAUUGCGCUAGAGAAGGGGAGCGUGUCAACGUUCAAGAACCUGUGUCAGCGCCUCCGGACGGAAUGGCGGCUCGACGCGCUUGUCUCGCCCAUGUAG